UCGAUUUAGAAAAGUAUUCAAUCAAAACACAAACCCGUACGUCUCCCUAUGGAUAAUCUUGUACCAAUAGUGGUUGCCCUAGUGGGCAUCCUCAUCAUUUUUGUACUCUUUAAAAGUAUUAACAAUAUAGAUGUAAAGGUGGCGGCGGUGCCGGCAACGACGGAACUCACCCGAAAGCCUCGACAUAAGAAAGCUCUGAACAGGCGAAACACGGAGGAUGAGCUGGGGCGUGAGGCCGAGGAUCUCAUCGCCCGCGAAAUCGCCAAGGGCCUGCACAACACCGGCAUGAACACGGACACCAAGCGUAUCCAGCCCGAGGUCCUCGAGCGCGAUCAGGGACGGCACCAGGCGAGGGCGCUUCCCAAGAACCACGCCACCGCGAACGCGCAGGUUGAGAAUGAGACCCCAUCGGAGAAGGAUCAAUUAUUCAAGACCGUUCAAUAUUUUACGCGUCCCAACAAGAAGAAGAAGGAACAAACCUACAAGUCUGAAGAUGACAUCAACCAAAAAAUGCUGAAUUUUUUUAAAAACAAUAAAUCACAAAAAUCUUUCAAAAAUAAGGAUAACAACGUCGAAGAGGAUAUGCCACAAGUCGAUGUAGGUGGUCACGUGCUGACUUAUGGCGCUCUCAACAUGGCUCGCACCUGGAAUGAUUUACAUUAAUUGUCUAUUCAGAUGUAUCUAGACAUAGCCAGAUGAAAAAAAGUGAAUAAAUAUUUUACCACUUUUCACGUGUUGUUAAAUUUAUUAUUACAUGAUGAUAUUAGUUAAUAUUUGUACAUCUUCUUUUCUGAAUCGUCAGCAAUAAAUCGAAACCAGUUCUAUUAAUGUGUUAUCUUUAAAUGCCUUCUGAAACUUUUUUUUUAGAAGAUUUAUUACUUAUAAUGCUAUGGAGAGGUGAUUUAUUACCCAUCUGAUGGGAAACGUAUUGAAGAAUGCUAAAAAUUUAUAGUACAAAUUUUAUUAGGUAAAAAUAUGAAAUUUUGAUGCUAACAAUAAAGGACAUGUCGCUGUAGUCCAUCAGUAUUAACCAAUGUGUAUCGUCACUUCUACGUAUGGGCACUUAAUAAAUCUACUUUAAA